AUGACCAGAGCCCACCGCUUCGGCUUUAGUCGCGCUUCCCCGUCACGUGACCGAGCGCCGGGCAUGUUGGCGGCGCUGCGCAGGGGGCCGGGGCUGCUGGCGGCCGCGGGGAGACGCUGCUCCGGGGCGCGCCUGCCGGCCCGGUGGGACAAGGCCCAGGGCAGGCGCGGGGCCGCCUGGGGAGCGGGGUGCCUGCGGGGGCGGGGCGGGCCCAGCCCCGGGGGCGUCCUGGCCGCCCUGGCGGCUUUCUCCUUGUUCUCUAAAAAUGCUGAGGAAGGGGAGGAGACAAAGGAAGGGGACAGUGCUGGGACUGAAGACACCAUUAUAUUCCUUUUGAAGAAAGCCAAGCUCAGCAUCAUGAAGGGGGAGCUUGAGGAAGCAGAGCGGAUUCUGCACCAAGCCGUCAGACUCUCCCAUCAGUCGGACAACAAGAAAGCCAUCAUCUAUACCUAUGACCUGAUGGCAAACCUUGCGUUCCUGAGGGGUCAGCUGGACAGCGCAGAGAAGCUCUUCAAAGCAGCAAUGAGCUUCUUGCUGGCUGGGGACAUGAAGCAGGAUGACAAUGCCAUCAUUGAAAUGUCUCUCAAGCUGGCCAGUAUCUAUGCUGCUCAGAACCAACACAAGCUGGCUCUUGCUGGCUACGAGUUCUGCAUCCUGACCCUGGAUGAGAAGAUAGCCAAAUACAAGGACUUGCCUGAGGAUGUCCUCCCAGCAGAGGAAAGAGCCAACACGUAUCUCCUGCUUGGUCUGUGCCUGGACUCAUACGGUCGCUACCUCCUGGCCAACAAACAGCUGCCUGGGGCCCAAAGAAUGUAUGAGAGGGCACUGCAGAUCUCCAAGGAGGUCCAGGGAGAGACCCAUCCCCAGACUGUGGUACUGAUGAAUGACUUGGCAACUGUGCUGGAUGCCCAGGGACUCUAUGAUGAGGCAUAUACACAUGUGAAGAGGGCAUCUGAAUUGGCAAAGCAGACUGAGCACCCUGAGGAGCACAUGGUGCUGAAUAACCUUGCAGGAAUUCUGAUGCACAAAGAAGACUUUCUGCAAGCAAAAGAGGUGUACAGAAAAGCCCUGAAACAGGCAGAGCUGAAAGGAGACACAGCAUCCAUGCAGCACAUACAGGAGGAACUAGCAGAGCUGGCCAGGAGGAGAAAGCACUCAAACUGAACAUGUGAUGCACAAAUGAGGGAGGCUUGAAGUAUCUUGGACUGAAUAAAGUGCUGAAGGCAAGGUGGUGGAUUAUACAAAGCACAGGAAGGCUGGGACCUCUGUUGCCAUUUUUAGUGGGAGCUAAAGUAGCUAACUCCAGGUUCAGUACUGAGUAAGUACAAGGAAGGAGGUACUGGUCUUGACAAACUCAAAAUAAAGCUUUGAUUUGAAUUGCUGGGGACUGAAGGCUCAUCACCAGUGCACUCUGUUCAUGGACUAAACACUGAAUUGUACUUGAAUUACCAAGUUUAAAUGUGCUCUGCUUUAAUCUGAGGUCUCUCACGACUAUGGGAAGUGGAUUCACUGGGAGUGUUGACCAGUGCUCAGAAUGA